AUGUCCUUGGAAGAGAAAAGAGCAAUACUGGAGGAUUUGGAUAGGAUGGAAUAUGCUAUCGCAACUCGAAUUUGUAGAUAUCCCGGAUUGUAUCGGCCCUCACAGCUUGUGCGCUCGGAUAGUCCGUCUUCCAGCGGAGAAUCAUUGGCAAAAACUACAUUACUGAGACAUGAAAUAAGACGAUUCUUGGACAGGAGACAAUUCCAAAUGCGAAGAUUAGAUUCUCUAUUAAAUUUUCAAGACCCUUUAAAGAGCAUGAGGGAAUUUGAUGAUUAUUAUAAACAUCUUUCAAAGAAACAUGAUCAAUUGCUGCAUUUAGGAUUGAAUGCUAAUGAUAUCGAGAAAGAGGAAUUAAAUAAAUACGCUUUAUUCUCCGGUGACAAAGGAGAGAAACAUAAUAAAAGAAGGCUAUUGAGCCUCUAUGCUAGCGAUCUUAAACUAUCAUCAAUAUUUAGCUCGAAAGAGGCCCUAGGUGAAAAUUUGGAUCUGAGCGAGAAUUACAAGGAAUGGUUAAAUUUGCCACGAACGAAACUCUCUUAUGAGAGAAGCAUGCCAUCAUAUGCAGACUAUCUUUCAGGGCUUACCAAACUGGAUUCCGAAUUGUAUGAUAAGGACUCUGUUCAAUAUAAGACCUAUGUCAAAAACCUUGCCCAGUACCUGUCAAAUUUUUAUAUCAAAACUCGACCUUUGAGUAAGCCCGAAAAUGACAUCGAUCAAAUCAAGCAGUCUUUCUCGUCCGCAUUGAUUGGCGAUGGAGAUGGUAUUUUUUGCCUGAUUUGUCAGAAGGACUUUGCAAAAUUGUCUGUAUUCAAUUCUCAUUUGAAGGGAAAAAAGCAUCAAAGAGCAGCUUUAAGACCUGAGACUUAUGGAGUUGCUAAGAACGAAUAUCUGGUGAUCGAAAUCCUCAAGUGCCUCCACAAGGAGCUUGAGAAUACGAAAAAGGAAGUUGAGAGGUAUUCUUCUUUAACUUUGAGGGAGAAACAGCUUGAAUCCAAAGACGCUAGGAAUCUCUCCGAUUACGAAUAUGAAACUCUUACUGAUCUUCAAAAUAAUCACGAUUAUGAUGACCAUGAAGACCUCCAUCAUGUUGGCAAUGACCAAACUUUACCAAUUGGUCCGGAUGGAAAACCAAUGCCAUUAUGGCUUUGGAAACUCAAAGGUUUCGAUAUGGUGUUCACAUGCGAAAUCUGUGGAAACGUUAAGUUCAAAGGUAAAGAAAUUUUUCAGAGUCAUUUUACAGAGCCACGGCAUUUGCACGGACUCAAAAUGCUCGGUAUUAUGGAGGAAUAUAAUGCCUUUCGAGACUUGAAUAAAAUUGAAGACGUCCUAGAGCUCUCCAAUUUUUUGGAAAAAAAAAAGAGAAAUGCUGCACAAUACAAAGACGAUGGGGUUGAAGUUGAAGAUGAAGAGGGCAACGUUAUGAGUAAAAAAGUUUAUGACCAACUAAAAAAGCAGGGUUUGCUUUAA